CUGUUUUUUUCAGAAACAAUCAGUAGUUGUGGAGCCGAGCAGUUCACUUGCAAGGGAGACGGUAGAUGCAUUGAUCCGAGAUUACGAUGUAAUCGAUUCAAGGAUUGCGCGGAUGGUAGUGAUGAACUGGAAGAAUACGCACUAUGUUCUCGUCUGACACCGAUCAUUCACCCUCUCGCAUCACACUUCGACGUUCACUCCGAUCAAACCGUUGAGCUAUCGGUUACGAUUCGGCAACUCCCACCAGAUCAUCAGGUGAUAUGGUCGAAGAAUGGCGAAAUCAUUGCUCAAGGUGGUCUAACGAUCAAGAAAGAUCCCCGCAUUCAUGCAUACCGUUCUUCUGAACGAUACUUCCUCAAACUGGCGAAUGUGACUGACGAAGACGCAGGCCGAUACAAGGUAACACUUGAAGGGCUCGGCCUAGAAGCGGUCGUUGAUGUGCGAGUGAUUCCAAAGCAGGCUCAACAACACCAGCAUGCGCACCGACCUCAACAGCCAGUUCAUCACCGUCAAUACAAAGUGUCUUGUCCGCACGACCAGAAAGCAUGCCAAUCAGGCCAUUGUCUGCCGCAUUCGAGAUUCUGCGAUGGUCGUAAAGACUGUCCGGAUGGUGACGACGAAAGCAAUUGCAAUCAUCCGAAAUGCGCAUCCAACGAACUGCAAUGCAGAAGUGACGGUGUAUGUUUGCCGAAAUCGAUGCACUGUGAUGGCGUAGAGGAUUGUCGAGAUGGAAGCGAUGAAGCGAACUGUACUCACAAAAAGAAAACUCAACUCACCAUGAUUUUCCCACCACAUCAGGCACAUCAUUCGAACGUGCCUUGUCCGGAUGGUUCAACGCCUGAAUACAGCUUCGAACUAAUGAAAACUUUUUGCAGGCAUGGUUCGACGUACUGUUGGAGUCAUUCAGUGUGCCCUUCAGAAACAGCCUGCAUAGAAUCACAAUGCUGUAGAACGAACCUUCUUCACACACUACGUAAAUGUCCAACAUCGAAUUGGGAAUGCGGUGACGGUAAAUGUCUUCCGAUCGAGGCACGAUGCGACGGUGAAACACAAUGCGAAGAUGAAAGCGACGAGAUGCACUGCGGUAAGUCGGUGGUUAAUUUCAGACUUUUUCGUGGUCUUCGUUGGUUUUGC